CUGAGGUGCCCCUGAGGAGAGGUUUGGGAACCAAGGUGGUGUUUGUCUAGCCGUCCAACAAGGUAUCAGUAAGUUUUUGGAGAACUGAAGAAAUUUUCACUAGUUUUUAUUGUGUUACUCUUAAUUUGUGUUCUAAUGUUAAAUUGUGUUUCCUGUUCUCCGCAAAUGUGCACUUACUACCCAGAAAAAUAGCUUUAAACAUUUCUUUCGACAGCCUAAGACUUUUGCACACUACUGUAUAAUUAAGACAAAAUGUGCUAUUACUAUAUUUAUACUGUAAGCAUAUUCCUGAAAUGUCUCACGUCUGACCGUGCUGUUCCACAAUACUGAUCAGAACUGACUCAAAAUGCCAUGGCUGGCUGCAGCUCUGAGACCUGGAGCUGCACUCUUUUGUGGCUGAACGACAGUGGGGAUACAUGGAAAGCAAAGCAGAUAAGUCACGCAGUAGUCCGGAUGUUCCCCUUGAUAAACAGCACUGAGCUGGACUGAUGAAGUACGGACGAAAUCAAAACAUCUGUCGAGGCGCAGAUGGUUUUGAACUUAAAUUUACAUUCUAAAGGUUGCAGGUUCAAAUCCCAAUCCCGUUAUACACUUCAAAUUGCCCAGGAAGAGACUUUACUAGUUUAAAUGCAGUAUACAGCUGUAAAUGUAUGUGCAGUAUGAUCUGCAUGUACUGUAUAACACACCUGAUAAAUGUCAGUCGGUUUUUAUUUAGUGUGGCAUGUUUUGUAAUAAAGAAGUGGUAUACAUAAUUUACAGAUGGAGUGUAAAGAAAUGAAAAAGAAGUUUUUCCAUGUUACACUUAAUGCACCAUAUGAGGGUUGUGUGUGUUAUAAUCAUCUGUCGCAAAAAUGGAUUAAAAAAAAAAAAAAAAAAAACCCUGAUAAGCAGUUAAAGGUUGGAUGGAUGGAUGGAUGGACAGAGAGCUUUACUGUUUCCCAAUUUUGCUAUAGAAUAGUUUUUUUUUUAGUUAUCGAUCCACAAGGUAAUUUGCUGAAAGUUUCCGUAUUAAUUGUGAACAGGAUCCGAGCCACUACUUCACUGCUGUUCUGUGACCCAAAUGGCGUCUCGUGGCAGAAUAUCCCAGAAGACACUGGGCUGUGCAUUAGCACAGGUGACAAUGGACGGUGUUGGGCGGCCCGGCCGGAAUGAUGGCUGGCAGUGGGAGGAAUAACUGAUCUUCAUUUACAAAAAGAGAAGUUACAGAAAGUGCUCUGAUCGUGCCGUGAGGAGGUGACGUUGACAUAUUUAAAACGACCCGUGUCUUUAUCUGAUACAUCAUUCAUUUGGGGGGGAUGGAGGUUAUCAUAUAUAAAGAAGCCAGCAUCCUCUCUGGCCCAGCAUCAGUUAAUCGUCAGGUGCCAGCAAUGAAUGAUCUGGACCAGGACCACUUUAACCAAGAGUUCCAGGAUGCCAUAGAUGUCAUCCAGCGGCACUCCAGCGAGCUGCAGUUUGAGCCUGACAAAUACUAUGAGACGCUGGAAGCUCCGGUUUCAGCCAGACAGCCUGGUGGUCCCUGCUACCCCCAUAAUCCCGGCCCCAGCGCACCGGGACACACGUACGACUGGGGCGAGCAGCCUCCCCAGCCCUGGGGCAUCACUCUUCAGGAGACCUCUAAUUCCUCUUCCACGCCCUGUGAAGUCCCUCAGAUUUACCCAGUGUUUCCCUCACAGCGGAAUGGGAAAGGCCGGAAGAAGCUCCGCCUUUAUGAAUACCUGCACGAAGCCCUGCAUGACGCCAGUAUGGCUGACUCCAUCCAGUGGGCCGACCGGAGCAACGGCACCUUCCAUUUUGUGUCGAAGAACAAGGAGAGGCUAGCGGAGAGCUGGGGCAAGCGCAAGGGCAACCGCAAGACCAUGACCUACCAGAAGAUGGCGCGCGCCCUGCGGAACUACAGCCGCACCGGCGAGAUCGUCAAGAUCCGCCGCAAGCUCACCUACCAGUUCAACCCCCUGAUCCUGCAGCGGUUGAGCUUGGGCCACACGCAGUGCCACGCCCCUGGCCACGCCCCUGGCCACGCCCCUGUCCAUCCCCCACGAGAUGUGUCUCACCACCAGUGCGCCCCCACUGAGCAGGUCUACUAUGACACUCUGCCACCAGACUUUCACGGCUGGUAUGGACACUAUCCCUGUGACAAUGACUAUGAUCUCACGCUCAGGCUGGGCUAAAGUGGUCAAAACAUGUAAAUGCUGAACGCCUAGUAAGAACAAUGCAAUUUGCUCUGAGAAAAAAUGCCUAAAAUGGUGAACUGUUUCUGACGCCGUGAUCCGAGGCUCUUUGUGCUCCAGUCCCUGUUUCUGUGGUCACUGCAGACCUGUGCUCACGUCUAUCCAUGUUCCACUCGAAAUGUCCCUCUUUUAUCAUGGUGUAAUUUCAUUUUUCCUGUCCUUCAUAAAUGAUAUGUUUUGAUGUAUAGUGUGUUGCAAUGGCUUCCUGUAACGCUGCGACCAUCCCGAUAUUCACUGCAGUGGUAAAAUCCUAACAAAGCUUUGUAAAUAUAGAUUGGUUAAUUUUGUGUGUAUGAUUAUUUUGCAAGAAUAAAGGCUCUUUUGUUUGUAUCUUGGGGACAUGCGGCACUUUGAUAAACUCUAGCUCUAUUUUAUUAUCAUUUUUUUAUUAGUCAGUAAUCAUUGUUCUCUUAUUUGCCUCCAAGGCAAUAUAAGCUUCCGGCGUUUAGGAAACCCAGGGAACAUGUUGUUGCCAUGUUGUUGCUCCAUAA